CCGGCCCCGCCGCCGGGCCGGGCUCCCCGUAGAGGGCGCGGGAGACGGCUCCGCCCCGCCGCCCUUCCCCUCUCCCGGCUCCCUGGAUCCGAGCCGGGAGGAAAUGAUGUGUUGCUGCCUGGUUAAUCACAGCUCCAGACACUCAUUGGCGGAGCUCUCCACUGCCACUUCCUCCUCCUCCUCCUCCUCCUUCUCCUCCUCCUUCUCCUGCUGCUGCUCCGGCUCCUGCUCUUUGCAACCGCCUCCUCCUCCUGCUCCUGCUCACGGGGGGAAGUUUUCUUCUUUUUGUAGCCAUCUCCUUCGCCUCCUCUCGUGGACUGACUCCUUCCCCUCAGCUCCCGUUCCUUUUGCUCUUUUUCUUCUUCCCAUCCCGCCUGUGCCUCUCUGAACCUCUGGAAGUUUAUUCCUGCAGCUCUUCUUCCUCCUCUUCCUCCUCCCCCUCCCCGCCCAUUGCUCUUCUCCCCUCCUCCUCCAACAACCCCCACCCCUACCCCCCCACCCCCCCCGCACCUUCCAGUGGCUGCUGCAAGCCUGCUUCUUGGCAAGAGAUGUCGGACUGAGGGCUGGGAAAGCCCCUGGCUUCGAGAGCAUUGGCCCUGCGCAAAGCUCCAUUGCAGCAGCAGCCGCCACUCCAUGGGUGGCUAGCCCCCAGUCCUUUGCUUAAGGAGAGUUCCGGGGCUCGCCGGCUGCACCGCCCCGCCCCGCCCCGCACCACCCCCGGGGGCCGCCUGACUGUCCAUCCGCACCGCCAGGCUGGGCUGCGGCACUCCGCCUCACUUACACCUUACUCUAGGAUCCAGAGGGCCUCUGUUCCAUCUGAGGGAGAAGCAGAAAGUCCUACUAUAUGCUGGACACUGUAUUAAGCCCUUUACAGAUCUCUCACUUGAUCUUUACAACAAUCCUGAGAAUUGUACAAUGUUAGAUGGAGUUAUGAUUCUGCCUGUUCUCAUGAUGAUAACUUUCCCUUCUCCUAGUGUGGAAGAUGAGGAACCAAAGUUGAAUUCAAACCUGUAUAUGUGUGUGUGUGAAGGCACAUCCUGUGGGAAUCGGGAUCACUGUGAGGGACAACAGUGUUUUGCCUCAUUGAGCAUAAACGAUGGUGUUCAAGUCUACCAGAAAGGAUGCUUCCAAGUAUAUGAGCAGGGGAAGAUGACCUGUAAGACUCCCCCAUCCCCUGAUCAAGCUGUGGAGUGCUGUCAGGGAAACUGGUGUAAUGGAAACAUUACAGCCCAGCUGCCAACUUCAAAAGGGAAAUCCUUCCCAGGAGCAUAUUCACGCUUCAGCCUGGAUUAUGUGGCCAUCUUUAUAGGUCUCUCUAUAGCAGCAUGCCUUUUUAUUAUUCUACUGGUUGUGGGCAUCCGGAAAUUCAAAAAACGCAAUCAGGAACGGCUUAACCCUAGAGAAGUGGAAUAUGGCACCAUUGAUGGACUCAUCACUACAAAUGUUGGCGAUAGCACCUUAGCAGAUUUAAUGGAUCAUUCUUGUACAUCAGGAAGUGGCUCUGGUCUUCCUUUUCUCGUACAAAGAACUGUGGCUCGUCAGAUUACACUAUUGGAAUGUGUAGGAAAAGGCCGAUAUGGAGAGGUGUGGCGGGGCCACUGGCAAGGAGAAAAUGUUGCAGUGAAGAUAUUCUCUUCCCGUGAUGAGAAAUCUUGGUUCAGAGAAACAGAGCUAUAUAACACUGUAUUACUAAGACAUGAAAAUAUUCUAGGGUUCAUUGCUUCAGAUAUGACAUCAAGACACUCCAGUACUCAGUUGUGGUUAAUUACACAUUACCAUGAAAUGGGAUCAUUAUAUGACUACCUGCAGCUCACUACUUUGGACACAGUUAGCUGUCUUCGAAUUGUGCUGUCUAUAGCUAGUGGUCUAGCACAUUUGCACAUAGAGAUAUUUGGGACUCAGGGGAAGCCAGCUAUAUCCCACCGGGAUUUAAAGAGCAAAAAUAUCCUUGUUAAGAAGAAUGGACAGUGCUGUAUAGCAGAUUUGGGACUUGCAGUGAUCCACUCCCAGACCAACAAUCACCUAGAUGUUGGAAACAACCCCCGUGUGGGUACCAAGCGCUACAUGGCUCCUGAAGUUUUAGAUGAAACCAUCCAAGUGAACUGUUUUGACUCUUAUAAAAGAGUUGACAUUUGGGCCUUUGGAUUAGUCCUAUGGGAGGUAGCCAGGAGAAUGGUGAGCAAUGGUAUCGUGGAAGAUUAUAAGCCACCCUUCUAUGAUGUAGUUCCUAAUGAUCCAAGUUUUGAAGAUAUGAGAAAGGUGGUCUGUGUGGAUCAGCAGAGGCCAAACAUUCCCAACAGAUGGUUCUCAGACCCGACGUUAACCUCUUUGGCUAAGCUUAUGAAAGAGUGCUGGUAUCAGAAUUCAUCCGCAAGGCUAACAGCACUGCGUAUCAAAAAGACUUUGACCAAAAUUGAUAAUUCCUUAGAUAAAUUGAAAGCUGACUGUUGACGUUUUCAUGGUGCUGUCAAGAUGGAAGAUUUUUUUGUUGUUGUUGUUGUCAUUGUCCAGUCUGGAAAUAUGCUGACCUGACGGUUUGUCAGAACUGACCCCUUCCACCCCCCAAAAAAUGGCUUCUUAGUCAAGACAGACAUCUUAUCUAGCCAUCUCUUUGGGAGAUGUUAAAACCACCUGAACCUCGCUCAAUGACUCUAAAAAUGGGCAUUUCACAAACUGUUCAGACUUCAGAGACUUGAUGCUGGAUGUACUGUUGCAAAAUAUGUGACCUGAAGGAACACAGAGAAAUCCGAAGACAAAGAUCUGGGCAUUAUGAUGAUGGCUUGGAGCUUUUCUCACAGGGCUCCUAGACACUCCCCACGGGGAACGCGAGGAUGUGGUAAAUUUUUAAUCAGCAAUAUUGCCUGUGCUUCUCUCUUUUAUUGCACUAGGAAUUCUUUGCAUUCCUUACUUGCACUGUUACUAUUAAUUUUAAAACCCAACUUGCCAAAAAAAAAAAUUGGCUCUGUACUCCACUGAUCCGUCUGAAUAAUAGGAAUUCAAUUUGGCAAAAUGAAAUGUAACUGUCAGACUUCGCUGCAUUUUACACGUGCUGAUGUUUACAAUAAUGCCGAACAUUAGGAAUUGUUUAUAAACGACUUGGCAAAUUAUUUAUUACUAGUGCACUUAGCAGUUUUCACAAAACUGACUAGUGCAUGUUAAAGCUUAUUUUUAUGUGGUCUCAUGAUUUUAUUACACAAAUAUUUUUAACACUAUUAUCUGAAAUGGACAUUUUCUGUAUUAUCAGUUAAGAGUCACAUUUUAAGUGCUUCACAUUUGUAUGUGUAUAGUCUGUAAUAUUUUUUUUUCAGUUCGUACGCAGAACGUAUUUAGCCAUUACCCACGAGACACCACCGAAUAUCUUACUGAUUUAGAAACAAUUAAAGAUUUCAGUAGAACUUUAGUCCUGAAUGCUGUGGGGGGGAAAUGCAUUUUCUUCUGAAUUAUACAUUAUGUGCAUUUAAACUCUGCCAGAAAAAAAAUAACUAUUUUGUUUUAAUCUACUUUUUGUAUUUAGUAGUUAUUUGUAUAAAUUAAAUAAAAUGUUUUCAAGUCAAACAA